AUGAACACUGCCAGAGGAUUCUAUACACGUCAAGAUUCUCCAAAAAGAGCAGGAAAAGUCUACAUCGAUGUAGAAUCACUUGAACUGGAUAUCGCCAGAAGAGCUGAACCUGAUUUAAAUAAAGUUAACUUCAGUAAUCAAAAUUAUAAAGCGGCGGUCAAUAGUAAUGAAAGUUUAGAUGAAAGAGAUAAUGACCCAAAUGAUAAUCAUGAUAUCAUUGACUAUGAAGCUGAAGUCCAUAUAGGAGGAGAACUGAUGACGAAGAAGAAGAACUAACUGGUGACGAUGAAAUCCAACCUGACCCACCCAUUAAUACAAACGACCCACCCAAUAGACAAAACCCACCUAAUCCAAACGACCCACCCAAUGGACAAAACCCACCUAAUCCAAACCCAAACAUACUCAAUAGAUACCACGUCUACUUCCAUAGAGGUAUGUCGUGGCAUGCAUGUUUAACUACUUAUUUUGUCAUUAUAUCUAUGAUAGGGGUUUGGUUUUACGGAAUGAUAGAAAAUUCAAAAAAUAAAUUAUCCGAAGGUAAAUUAAUAGCUCUUGGAAUUUCCAUUGUUUUAUAUACAAUAGCUGGCAUUUUAUCAGUCUUAGAUUACUUCUUUAAGUGGCAUAUGAUGAGGGUCUUCGCUUGUCAAAUAGUUUUAAACCCUUUUGUUUUGGGGAUGCUGGUAAUAUUGGUAACAUUCGGCUUCUUUAAAAAACAUGUUAGUGAGCUUUAUGAAUUUGUAAAAGGUUUAAUCCCAUCUUAGAAAUAUUACAGUAAUUAACUUAUUAAUGAU